AUCCGACCCUUAGAAAGCCAGGGUAUUGAAAGAUUGCAUCCCAUGCAAUUUGAUCAUAAAAAGGAAUUAAGGAAACUCAACAUGUCUAUCCUGAUCAACUUCUUAGAUCUCUUGGAUAUAUUAAUAAGAAGCCCAGGCAGCAUAAAAAGAGAAGAGAAACUGGAAGAUUUAAAACUGCUAUUUGUUCAUGUGCAUCACCUUAUAAAUGAAUAUCGACCUCACCAAGCAAGAGAGACUUUGAGAGUCAUGAUGGAAGUGCAGAAACGUCAGCGUUUAGAAACUGCAGAGAGAUUUCAGAAACAUCUAGAACGAGUUGUAGAAAUGAUUCAGAAUUGCUUGGCUUCUCUGCCAGAAGAUUUACCUCAUUCAGAUGGAGGAAUGAGAAUAAAAGCUGAACCAAUGGACACUGAAGACAGCAUAAACUGUAUUGGAUCGAAUGAACAGCAAAGAACAAUCUCUAGCGUAAAAAAAGAUCAGGUUUUGGAUAAAGAUGCUAACAUGUGUAGCAUUAUUGAUGAAAUGACAUGAAAAAGCUUUGGAUUUGGGAUUUUCAGGGAACAUGCAACUGAUGCCAAGGAAUUAGAAUAUGAUGUUUCUUUUCCUUUUGCUAUGACUAUUUAAACAGUAAUGGAACACAAUGUAUAAAUCAGUAAAUAUUGAUAAUUUAUUUGUUUAGCUUUUGCAUGUAUAUACUUGACUUUAAAGUACAUCAGUCUUACUGAUAACUUUACCCAUUAUGCUAAUUAUACAUAUCAGUAUCCAAAUUUUGCUGAUGGUCAUUAUUGAAAUAUGGAGGUACUUUAAGGAAUUUAAAUACAUGUGAUGAUUCCUUGUUUAGGUUAAAUUAAUUUAAACAUGUAUACAAAGUGAAAGUUAAAACAAUAAAUAUUUUUGUUCUUGUUAUGAAUGUUUGUGAAUUAAAGUAAUUGCUUCUGAAGAUAAGGAAGCUUGGCGACUAACAUUUGUUAAAAAGAAUGAAAUUCCAAAUUCUUUGAGAUAACUUUAUCUUUAAAAUAUUUAACAGAAGACUUGAUCCAAAUUAGCCUUGUAUUUUACAGGAUGAGCCAUAUUGCUUCCACCCUAUUUAAAUAUAACUCAAUUGUAUUGGGUUGUAAUACAGUUGUUCUUCAGAUCAUAACUGCUUGUUAAUGCUGACUUAAAUAUAUUUGAAUUACUGUGUUGAAA